AUGGAUUACAAGAAAAUAGUGUUCCUGAACGUCAACAGGAGGGACAAAGUCCGCGCAAGACUCGACGUUUUGCGUCUGAAGGAUAAAUUCGCACCCAUGAAGAAACCGCACGCAUUUGGCUGCAAGCGAGUAUCUCUCGAAAACGGCUUUUAUGAGCUGUUCAAUGAACCAAGCGUACACCUUGUCGACAUGAAUGAGACUCCAGUGCUCGAGAUCACGCCGAACGGCAUCAAGACCAGCGAGAAAGAAUGGGAGUUCGACAUUGUGGUUUGUGCAACCGGUUUCGAUGCUAUCACCGGGGGUAUCCUGGAUAUGAACAUCCAAGGAAGGGACGGCUGCAAGCUGGAAGACUUCUGGUCCGAUGGCGUGAAGACAAACCUCGGGAUGUGUGUGCCUUCAUUUCCAAACAUGUGA